UUCUAUUCAGUAUCCAGGCAAUAGACGAGCAGGACAGUACGGACUCCUUUUACAUUGAUAUCACAGACGAACUACAACUCCCAUGAGCGCCCGCGGUAAGUUAGAGCACCAUCUCGCAUUCGGAAGUGGAGUUGUUGAGGAAGCAGGAAACGUCUCACGCCGCAGCUCGUCUGCAGACAUGCACCGAUCGCCCAGCGCUUCAUAAAGGGUCGCGUCUUCUCUCCGCGGCGGGUCACCAUGGCGACCGCGUUGGCCAUCGUCCUGGUGUUUGUCGGAUGCUGCAGCAACGUGGUGUCUCUGGAGCUGCUCGUCAGACAGUUUCCGGGAUGCGGCAACAUCGUCACCUUCGCUCAGUUUCUGUUCAUCGCGUUGGAAGGCUUCAUCUUCCAUUCCAACUUCGGGAGGAAGAAACCCACCAUCCCUAUCAGGAACUAUGUGAUCAUGGUGACAAUGUUCUUCACCGUCAGCGUGAUCAACAACUAUGCUCUCAACUUCAACAUCGCCAUGCCACUGCACAUGAUCUUCAGAUCGGGAUCCCUCAUCGCCAACAUGAUCCUGGGGAUAAUCAUCCUGAAGAAAAGGUACUCGGCCAGUAAAUAUCUGUCUAUAGUUUUAAUUUCGGCUGGAAUAUUCAUCUGCACCAUCAUGUCUGCUAAACAAGUGAAUGUGGAAGCUGAGGGAUCAGGAGAUCAGGGAUUUUACACCUUGGUGCGCUGGCUCAUAGGUAUCGCCAUGUUGACCUUUGCUCUCCUGAUGUCUGCGAGGAUGGGUAUUUUCCAGGAGACGCUGUACAAGCAGUAUGGGAAACAUUCCAAAGAGGCUCUUUUCUAUAAUCACUUCCUCCCUCUGCCGGGCUUCCUCCUCCUCUCCACAGACAUCUACCAACACUGCAUCCACUUCAGUCAGAGCGCUCCUGCAGUGGUUCCUGUGGUCGGAGUGUCUGUGCCAAUAAUGUGGCUCUACCUGCUGAUCAACGUCAUCACACAGUACGUGUGCAUCCGUGGGGUUUUCGUCCUGACCACCGAGUGCGCUUCGCUGACCGUCACUCUGGUGGUAACACUGAGGAAGUUCCUCAGCCUCAUCUUCUCUAUCAUGUACUUCCAAAACCCCUUCACCACCUGGCACUGGGUGGGCACCGGCGUGGUCUUCCUGGGCACGCUGCUGUACACGGAGGUGUGGAGCAGCAUGCGGUCGGCGCUGCGUGGACCAAGCGUCAAGGAGAAGAAGGCGGAGUGAAGAUGAAACUACUUGAAAUACAGCCACUGUGUUGGACUCUCAGAUUGUUCUGGGUCAGCGACCCGGCAGCAGUUUUUAUAAAGCUAUGUCAAUUCCUUUUUGGUUAUAGUAAAGCUCACACGCACAAAAACUUACAGCGGGAUAAUGGAUGGGGAUAUUCUGUAUAUUGGUUAUUAAAACUACAUGAAAAGACAAACCUACAAUGUAUUAGUUCCCCACUCAAAACUCUCACUUCUCUGCCGUGUCUGUGUCGCUCGGCCCAAAGACCUUUUUAAAGCAGCUGUAACAUGUCAAUAUUUCUAAUUGAUCACACAAUCAAUAUUUUAAUUUAUCACAUGACCUGCUGCUGAAAGAGGUCACUCAGAGUGAUGCAACUAUGGAGUGUGCAUUUUAGUGUCAUUUAGCUCAUUGUUUUUAGUUUUUACUGCUCAUAACGCAACUAUUUGCUAUCUAUCUGCUCCCAUCAGCAGUGUUAUCGGCCGCAGCAGGCAGCUGUUUGCAACCCCAAAAACUCAAAUGACUUUCCAUCACCUACUCAGCCUCAUGCAGCUGACGCAGUUAGUGACUCGCUGGUGAUCAUAGUGGAGAGUUCAGCAGCUAAACAAGCUGAUAUUUCCCUCGGGGGUUGGUGGAGACCAAAAACAGAGAAUUAAAACACUUGAAAUUAAUGACGAUCUCUCUUCAAACCAAAAUAUACAAACUUU